AAAAAUUGGGUGGGGUGAGAGGCAAGGGUCACGUAUUCACGCACAGGGCAAAUCGGUUGGACGCUUUAAGUCGGUGUUGUUGGGUGGGUGGGGAAGGAAAGAGGGGGAAAAAAAAAGAUAAAAUAAUUUCCGAUCUGACGGAAUCGACCCGCAGGCACCCACCGAAAUCGGUCAAGGCGCCCAAGCGGCCAAUGGGAUUCAAACCCUAACGGCCGCCCCCACGUGACGUCCGUCCUCCCCUACCCCUUCCUCUGUGACGUCCGCGCCCUCCCUAUAAAAGCCCGGACGCAGGCUGCUGCGCCAUUCCAGCGUUUGUUUUGAGGUUUUUUCCCACACCCCCCUCCCCAAUUCGUUCGGUGAAGACGACGGAGAAAAAGAAGUCUCUUGUGUCUGUGUGUGUGUGUGUGUGAGGAUAACAAAAAAAAACAGCCGCACCUUCAAACAAAAAAAAAAUGCAGUUUUUCAUGUAGCUCUGAUCAACCUUGGGACACCCGACCUCCUCUUUGUUUGUGUUCGCUCUUUUUUUUUAAAAAGAAACGAGUUUUUUUUGCCAUUUUUUUUUAAAAAAAGACAAAAGGCUUCUCGCGAAAUAAGGAGACAGAUCAGCCAACAAAACAAAACAAAAUAACCGAGAAUAUAUUACUCUGACCCUUCUUCUCCUCUCCCGCCCCCCCCGCCUUAUGAGCUUUUUUUUUAUAUCUAAACGAAAAUUUUGCUUUAAAAGAAAUACUUAAGUCAUGACUCUAACAAAAAAACUGUCAACAUUGUGUUGUGUUUGCACAUAAACAAACAGACAAACAAUACUCUCGAGUCGCUGUCAAAAGGAGAAUUUUAAAAAAAAACAAAAUAUCUCCCAGACCAUGGAACUUUUGAGCAGGCAGCUGGAGAUCUGCAUACAACUGAUUCUGGGUAAUUGCUACUAUUACAAUCCAUUUGAUACGAUGGGUUCAGGGCCAGUAGAUCCAAAAGAGCUUCUGAUAGGGUUGGACUGCCUCCUUGGUAAAGAUGGGGAAAUUAAAAGUGGUGAUGGUGUCAUUAGAAUCUACAGGUUAAUGAAAGAUGCAAAAAAGCUCGUGAGCAGAUGCAUGUACUUGAACAUCCUACUGCAGACCAGAUCGGAGGAUAUCUUGAACCAGUUCAUCAACGUUGGUGGUUACAAGCUGCUGAAUAACUGGCUGGCCUAUUCCAAAUCUACUAGCAAUGUACCAUUGUUACAACAAAUUCUGCUGGCAUUACAGCUGCUGCCACUCACAGUGGACCAUCUAAAACAAAAUAACACAGCCAAGAUAGUGAAACAGUUGAGCAAGAGCUUUGAUGAUGAAGAGCUUAGGAAGUUGGCACAAGUUUUGGUCAACCAUUGGAUGACUGUAAUUCGUUCUCAGAGUGCAGGUCCUGGCGCACAAGAUAAACAGCCAGAGAGGAAGAAGCGGAAAGAUGAAAAGAAAGAUGAAAGCAAGAUGCGAGCGCCAGUUUCUGAGCGAGUCCCAGAUCCCAAAUCAGAUCUCAGAGUGGAGACAAAGGAAGAGGAAUCAUUGGAGAAGAAACGAGAGAAGCCCAAGUCGCUACGGACAACCGCACCCAGUCACGCCAAGUUCAGAUCAACAGGCCUGGAAAUGGAGGUUCCUGUUCUGCCAAAGAAGAGUUCUUCUGGCCCAGUAAUUUCCGACAAGUACAACAUUAAGCCAACACCUCUGAAGAGACCAAGCCCAUCUCUAACAAGUAGCUCUGCACCACACAUGGAGAAGAAAUACAAACCGCUCAACGUGACACCCAACACUACGAAGGAAAUUAAAGUUAAAAUUAUUCCUCCCCAGCCCAUUGAGAGUACUGAUUUUCUAGAGGCACUCAACUCCGCCCCCGUGCAUGGACUAAAAAUCAAGAAGAAGAAGAAGAUCACUUCCCCAACUAGUGUCAAGUCCAAUCCUUUUGAUCAAAAGUCGAGUCCUGAACAGAUCAGCACCAAACCUGCUUCUCCAGAAGUUGCUAUCGCUGAGCCUAUGGAAGUGGAGAGACCUAGUACACCUGUGCCACUGGAGGAAGUGUCUGAACCUGUGGAGAUGACUGUUGAAGAGGAUACGACAGUGGCUGCAGCUGCACCAGUAGCUGAACCUUCUCCACCAGAAGCAGUGCCAGAAGCGGCCAAGCUGACAAGAAAGGGAAAGAAAAGGAAGACUGUGUCAUGGCGUGAAGAGUCCAAGCUGCGAGAGUAUUUCUACUUUGAACUAGAUGAAACAGAGAGGGUUAAUGUGAACAAGAUUAAAGACUUUGGCGAAGCUGCCAAGCGAGAAAUGAUGAUGGAUCGGCAGGCAUUUGAGACUGCUCGCAGGUUGAGCCAUGAUACAAUGGAGGAGAAGAUUCCGUGGACGUGCCCAGUUUUAAUCGAUUUGGGUCCCCAGCUAGCAGAAAGGGGCAGUAACAGUCAAGAGAAGUACAUUCAGGAGGAGCGGGAGAAAGGAAUUCUGCAGGAAAUCUUCCUCUCCAAGGACUGUGUUCCAGAGAGUCCUCAUGAGCCUGAUGCUGAGUCUUAUGAAACUAUUCCGCCCAAGAUCAUUCCUUUGGAUGAUGAGAAUGGCAUAGAGGACACCACGUAUGAGGAGCCAAUGAAAACAGUCGCGGCUUCUCAGUCUCCUGAUGGUUCAGGAAGCUCCAAGCUGCCUCCAGUGUUGGCCAACUUGAUGGGCAGUAUGGGCAUAGUGAAGAACCAGCAAUCUGGAUCAAAUUCCAACACCAGCAUCAACGUCCAGGAGUUGCUCACCUCCCUUAUGAGCAAUCAAAAACCCAUUGAAGAGUUAGUCAAACAGCCAGAGUUCUCUGAUAAAAUCAAACAGCUGCUUGGACCACUGCAGAAUCAAGCCCCACAAGGUCAGAGAAUGGCUGCCCCACCGCCAGCAGUAAAUGGCUAUCCUCCAAAUCAGAAUAACGUGCCUCAUUUCCAUCCUAGUGGCCCUGCAGCACCAGGAGGACCUUUCCCAGCUCCCCAUGGCCCUGGUGGCCCGAGGAUGAUGGGCCCACCUCACCACCAAAGGGAUGGCUACUGGGACCAGCCAAACGACAACAUGAGGGGCAACCCACAUGGCAUGCGUGGAGGUCCCUAUCAGCGAGGUCGGGGACGUAACGGUGACCAGAACUUCCGAGGUCGCAGUGGACGGGGCCACCCUCAUGGAGGAGGAAGGGGAGGACAUGGCAACCACGGGGGAGGAAUGGGUGGCAACCAUGGUGGAGACAUGUCGAACAGACCCAUGUGUCGGCAUUUCAUGAUGAAAGGCAGUUGCCGUUACGAGAGCAAUUGUGCCUUCUACCACCCUGGAGUGAAUGGCCCCCCAUUGCCAUGAAAUUCAACACCAUCCGCUUUUAAGAAGUAACAAAGGAAAACUAGCGUCGGCUGUAAAGUGCAAGAAUGUGAUCUGGCUGGGCCAGACACUAGUUGCUGUGGAGACUUCUGACAUCCCAGAGUGAGCAGGCCUCCCUCUAUCCUGUGGAAAGUUUGAACAGUUUUCACUGCUGUAUUACAGACGAGCAGGACCCUGCCUGGGUCUCCCAUCACGGUCUAUGUAGGCUUCUAAAUAAUGGAACUGAAAGGACAUUAGGCUUGGGGUUUAGACCACUACAAUAUUAUUGCUGUUGCUCAGAUACUCGAUCCACCUCCCAGUUUAUUCCCUGUCCCUUCUUUUUCCCCCUGAUCCUGAACCCUUUUUUGUGUUUGCCUCUGUGAGGCUUAUUAAGGCAGCCUGAGUUGCAGAUGAACUUUGAAGAGGAAAAGAGAACUGCUUAUUCUCAACAAGGCUGCACCUUAUACUUUUGCCAGGAUGAAAAAUAAACAAGACCGCCCUCUUCUCAUUUAGUCAUUGCGACAUGUGAUGAAGGGCAUAGGGUGGGUUGGGGUGGUGAGCAGCUUGUGGGUGGUCUGCUGAAGAACUGGGAAAUGCCUUCCUACCCUCUUUUAAUCUGCUGGUCUGUUGUAUUGGAAACAAACAGUGCAGAGAGGACAUCCACAUAUCAGACUAGAUAACUACUGAACAUUUCUACCUCUGCAUUUUUAAAAAAAAAACAGCGGUCAGCUAUUUCAACACUGCAUUCAACACCCAGCUGAAUCCACUCUCCCUGUAUCAUGUCAAGACUUAUUUUCCAACAAAGGAGAAAGUGUACUGAAAUUGGAGCUUACCAGUGUUUUCCAGAGAUCUCUUGUGGAAGUCCUCCUGAUUUGUUUCGUGCUUGGCUCCUAACUUUGUUUCCUUUUCACAUCUCUCCCCCACACAUUACUUUUCCAGAGCAGAAGUGCUGAUCACUUUUCAGUUGCCCUUUUGGUGUGCAGUAACUGAAUUUUUUUUUCAAGCUAUUUUUGUAAAUAUCUAUUUUGUAAUAAAUGCUCUGCAUUUACCUGAUGGGAUUGGGGGAGGGGGGCAUCAGUGUUUGUGCUUUUAGUGGUUAAUGUGUCUGACUCUUGCUUGUUUACAUCAGUCCCAAGUAACUGCUUGAAGCAUUCUUCCCAUUUGCCCUUCCCUCGCUUAAAGUAGCUCAUCAAACCCAGGACAAAUUCCCUGUCAACUCCUAUCAAUUGCACACCAUCUGGUAUGGUAGAAUACAUUCACCAGAGUGGAAGGACAUUUUUCCUUGCAUUUGUCCAAACUAAAGUUCCUGAAGUAUGGGUUAUGGUGUAAAUCUUUUGGCAUUUCUUAAGGAGGUGAUGAUCUUGGCAUGUUACUGGAAACUUUGUACAGGGAGCUGACCGUACAAAAGCCACAGUUUCAUGCCCAUUGGCAAAACUACCCUUACACACUUAAAGUAUUAAGGAAAUCCAGCUUAAUCAUAACUGCCUGUAUAAGGGGUUUCAGAGUUGAGACUGAAUUUUGAAGGAGGAGAAUGUAGGGUGACCAAGUAGGUGAGAGCUAGUAGAGAAUGUCAGUAGCUUAACACUGAAGUAAAGCAUUGUAGUUUAUAAUUAAGAUAACCUUCAAUUGAGUAACUUCUGUUCAGUCUUGCCUGUUCCCCUUGAUUUCUGAUUUUGCACUUGUAAGAAAAAUGUUGAAGGGUUCAUUUCAGUUUUCUACUUUUUUGUACACUUGAGAGCCACAAAGGAAACAUCCAUAUCAGUAUCCAAAUUGCUUGCUAAUGGAUGUGAAAGUAGUUGUUGAUAUCUAGUUUGGUGCUCAGUUUCAUUCCAGGCCUGAACCUUAUGAUAGUUUAGUGGUAAUAGGGAGAGAGGAGCUACUUUCCUGACCCACUGAACAUACUUGUGUUCCUGUGAAGAUUAUUUCCCCAAAUAGUUUGAGUGAGGAACUGUACAGCCAUUUUUGUUUGUUUGUUUAACUAGAGCCCACAGCACUGUCUGAUUUAAUUUUUUUUUCUGGCUUUAACAGAUGUUUGUGAAUUAAAGCCCUGGCCUGAAAUCAAAAUUAUAAUUACUUGCUUUUUAAUCAAGAAAAUCUACUGGGCAUUUCAGUAAUUCACAAUUGUCAUUUGUCACAGUUAGAAAUGGUAUUUUUAUAAAGGUUCGAAGGCAGGACCCCUAAAUUGACACCUUAGUGUGAUGCAGCCAUUAGGAGGGAGCAAAUGAGGGGUGGGGGAAUGGGAAAUCAGUAUUGUUGAGGGUUAACCAUUCCGAUCUUCCCUCAGAAUGGGAAGUUAUUACAGUGUAAGAAUGUAAUGGAUCUGCUGAGCUCUCUCUACGUGCCCCCUCUCCACCCUCGUCCACCCAUCCAGUUCUACAUUGCACUAACUGUACUGUUGUACAUAAAACAAUGACAAUUUAAUGAUUUCUGGAACAGGGCAGUUACUUUAUAUUUCCUUUGAGAUACUUUGUUUAAUUUUACAGAUGUAUGUGUUCAUUUUGUCAAGUUUGUUCAUUUUUUAUAUAUAUAUAUUAAAAAACCCAUCAGAAUUGAUGUGGUGAUAAUGGCUGCUACUGAUCAUUUUACAGCUCAACGUUUUCUUGAACAAUGGAUAUUGUACAGUUAUGUUCCUGUGCUUAAGAAAAGAAUAAGUAACUGGGACAUUUUUUUUAAUAAACCAAUAAAGUAUUUUGAAAAUGGCCUGUGCCUGUGUGCACCUAUGAAGGUCUGUGUAUUCAGGGAUCUUUGCUUUCUACAAGCGUAUUCUAAUGUGAUUUUUACUUUCUGUGAAAAGCAUUGCUUGUUUCUUAUUUUUUAGAGACUUAUUAUCAUUGGGAUAAUCUUUCCCUGUAAUCUGUGCUAUCUUUUGUAUGAUAUUUUAUUUUCUAUUUUGAUAAUAAAACAUUGCAAAAGCACA